CUAAUAGUGCAAAAAAAAAGAAAUUAAAUUGGGAAUUGCCAAGCUUAUUAGCUAAUGGGGUUCCUCCUAAUGAAAAACGGGAGUACAAAUUACGGAAUACUGGGGAGUAUAAAUAAAGGGGCACAUCUUCCCCGGCUCUCUCUCUCUCCCCACACAUACAUGUCACGGACUUUCAUCUUCCAAUAUGAUGACGGAGGAGGAAAACAGAAACGGCGGCACGGCGGCGGCGGAGGAGGAGGAGCUGCCAUCAAACGGGUCGCACCAGAACGGGUCAAGAUGGAACCCGACGAAGGAGCAGAUCAACUUGCUGGAGAGGUUUUACAACGAGGGAAUACGCACCCCGAGUGCGGAGCAGAUACAGCAGAUCACCGCCAUGCUCCGGACCUUCGGCCACAUUGAAGGCAAGAACGUGUUCUACUGGUUCCAGAACCACAAGGCUCGCCAACGCCAGAAACUCAAGCAACGCCACUUUGCCGCCGCUGCCGCCGCCGCGCCUUUCUUUAACCCUUCCCCUUCCCAAUACCAUCAUUUUCCUCUCUAUUAUAAUUUCCCUCCCCAGUCUCGCCCCAAUGCUAUUUACAGGCCGUACUACGUACCGCCACAACCGGACGUGGGGUUGUAUGCAAAAAGCCCAGGGUUAUUCUUUCCUGCAGUGGAAACUCCGGGACGAGCAAUCGUGUUAAACAGGCCACAGGCCAUUGGGUAUAAUCUCCAUACGGACAACUGGGCUAAAGACUAACGGACCGCUAGGAAUGAACGUCUAGACGGACACCUUGACAAACGAGGUGGGCUAAAAUUGGCUCUGAUACCAUGAUAGAAUUUAGGAUUGGGUAGAGACAACUGGAUUGGGCAAUAAAACACUUGGGUUGAACCACAUUAAAAGAUUGAAUCUACUCGUUCAACUCUAGAUCUUAUAUACCGAUUAUUUUACUCUUGGAUUUUUCGAUGUGAGAUGUACUCUAAGAGAGAGAGUAAAAGUACGUAAUGAAUACAUGGUCGAUUC